AUGAGUGACGCACCCCCGUUCGAUACUUCCCCGGUCGUCUGCAGUCCAGAUGAUCAUAGCCAGUCAGACAUACUAUUGGAGGGCUCGGAUCUCGCCCAUCCACAACAGUUGCCGAUCCCACCAUACUCUGUUACUCCUCAAACCGGCCACAUGAAUGAAAAUCGCGACCCCCGUGAGCUGCUGUUCAAGUAUCAUGGUGUACCAUUUCCUGCAAUUCUAGAUGGUCCUCUGAGGAAUGGACUUUCUCGAAUUGACACGAAAGCCAUUGGUGCACCACCGGCACAGUUAUCAGUAGAUAGUCGCCUUCAGGUCCUUACACCUCCAGAAAUUUCAGUAUCUCCGCCUGGCUCAAUAUCAUACCCUGCAUGCCCUCCCAUGAAUUCGAAGGGCCUGUCACCUAUCCCCUCUCCAAUGUCACCAAAUUCGCCUGCUGCAAUGGGUAGCUCCGAUGAGGGGUCCUUUUUCCAAGUUUUCGACGAUGACGACGAGGAAGACGCCCCUCAACCCAUAGAACAUAUCGUGAAGUGGAAGGCCAUCCGCGAUCAAGCGAUCAUCACCACAGGCACCGCUGUCUACAUUCCUCAGACAGUAUAUCAACCAUACACAGAAGCCGAUCGUGUCCGCUACAUCGAGAAAGCCGACCUUAAGGAAACAAUUAUCUUCAAGACAGCGCAUCCCGAUCAAUGGGGCAUAGCACUCCAGGAUGCUUUGAGAGCUAAGGUGCAAAACCUUCUCGAUAAAGAUGACAACAUGUUCGAAGACUGUGGGCCUUCGGUGUCGAUCCGGCUUCAGUGGCCUGGGUACCGUGCGUGGACCAAGCAGAUCCCUACCAUGGACUUCAAAAGUCCGAAAGGUCCUAUUACAAGAGCCAAGUUGGCUAAAAACAUCGCCAACUGCGUGAAACGAUUCAUCGAAGAAAAAGAAAAGGAAAGAAUGGAAAUGGAAGCAGACCGAAGGUGGAGGGUCGGAACACGCCACAUCAGAAUGGAGGACCUUAUAUUGGUGUCCCUGCACCACAUCUCCAAGGGCAGUUGGCAGCCUCAGCUACGUCUACGCACUCCACUGAGUGAAAUUCACCUUCGGCGUACCAAUCCGGUCCAGCCUUCCGUCGUAUAUUGA